AAGCAGAAGUGAAAAAUGUUUCCCUUUUCUCUGAUCUGAUCAAAUCUGAAAGUGUCCAUAGAAGUUGCAGAGCAGCAGAGGCAGAGUGCUCCAGUUUGAUCAUCAGAGUGAGGACUUCGCUAAAAGAAGAACAGUGUUACUGUGAAAGCCUGCAGAAUGUAUUGGAACAGUUCAAGUCCACCUGACUAUGGAAAUUAUGACGACUACAAUUACAAUGACACUUUGACCGUCAUCACGGGUACAGCAGUCAUUGGUACGAACCACAUAAUUUCCCUGGUAUGCUACGCCCUGGUGUUCAUCAUAGGCGUCCCCGGCAAUGCCUUGGUGGCCUACGUCACGGCCUUCCGCAUGCCGCGCUCUGUCAACGCCCUCUGGUUCCUGAACCUGGCCGUGACUGACCUGUUGUGCUGCCUGUCCCUGCCCCUGAUGAUGGUGCCACUUGCCCAGGACAUGCACUGGUCCAUGGGCCCGCUGGCCUGCAAGCUGCUGCACGGCACCUUCUACCUGGUCAUGUACUGCAGCGUGCUGCAGCUGACGCUCAUCAGCAUGGAUCGCUGGAUGCUGGUCAGCUGGCCCGUCUGGUGCCAGAAUUGGCGCCGGCCACGGUACGCCUUGUGGGCGUGCCUGGGCAUCUGGCUGCUGGCGCUGCUGGGCAGUGCCCCACAGUUUGCCAUCCUGGAAGCCCAUGAAUUGAGGUCCCCCUUUGGCGGGGAGGUGGUUAAGAUCCAUUGUAGGCCUGUGUUGAGCAGCAUGACGGCGGCCUGGGCGGUAGCCAUCUUCCGCUUCGUGAUGGGCUUCGUGCUGCCCUUCACGGUGAUCUGUGUGAGCCACUGGCGUGUAUACCAGCGGGCGUCGGGGCGCGGGCAGAGCAGCGGAGGCCGCGAGAGGUCUGCGCGAGCCACACGCGUCAUCAUCACCGUGGUGCUGACCUUCUUCCUGUGCUGGGCGCCGGUGCACAUGCUGGACAUGGUGCACCUGCUGCCGGCUAACCAGCACGGGCACAACCACAAGCUGGCGUUGGCCAACGUGCUGGCCACCUGCCUGGCCUACGUCAACAGCUGCCUCAACCCCGUCAUCUACGUGUGCAUGGGCCGCGGCUUCAAGGAGGGAAUCAUACGCACGCUCCGCAGCGUGCUCCACCUGGCCUCCGAGGCGCCCACUCACUCCAUGGGAGGGACACAAAACUCAAAGAGCACCACGCAGAACACACUGGACAGGUCCGUGUGACUCCAACGGCGGGCACACCGGACCUGACCAGGUCCAGCAAUGAAUAGUGCCUCCGACUGAACAUUCAUAGAGUAAAUUGAUAUGAAAUAACAUGGUAGUUCGCAAAAAUAAUAUGGCAGUUCACUGAUACCUCUUUAACUCUGCUACUACUGCACUGUCUGAUUAUACACACAAGCCUUCUAUGUUUUUUCCAGUCUGCUUGCUACAGUGUGCUGCUAUUAUCAUCAUUAUUGUUGUUGUUGUUGUUGUUAUUGCUGUUAUUAUUAGUUGUAGUCCUUUAUGUAACAGAACACCUGAGAUCUCACACACACAUAUUUCACAGUGAGACUACUGAUGUUUACGCCUCUUCAAUCUGGUGUGUAUUAAAAAAAACACACCCGUCAGAUACUUUAGUAUCCGUUCGGGGAAUUCCAACUUCAUUUGUACCAUUCUUGUUAUCUCAUCAUCUCAGUCUCUUCUUCUCUUCCUCAACUUCACUUCCCACUUGCCACACAGACACAGUCACAGCAGCUUGACCACCAAAGAAAUCAAGGAAACAAACCUAACCUCAAAUCUUGAAGCAGUAUAUUAGAAACAAAUAAAUUAGUUGAUGUUGUGGACUGUUAUAUUGAUAUCUGAUCAGGAGGUGGAAGAUUAUGACACUGACCUUUUGACCUUUUAUUGUGAAUGUUGUGAAAUAGAGGGCAGUGUUAGAAUAGAUCGUAAAUGCUUUGCAACACCUUAAUAUACAGAAAUCGAAUCCAUUUGGAAAUGUCAGAUAGUCAUCAUAAUGAUGAUAUACUGAAUUCAUGACACAGUAUUCACAAUGAAUUCAUAACACAGUAAUGCAAAUUUCUUCAAAGAUUUGCCAUGUGUUCAGUACACCCAACGUGUUGCAUUUGUCACUUAGUAAGUACAAUACCAGGUUAA